AUGGAAAAGUUUGAUCCAACCGUCCACGUUUUGUGCGUAGAUGAGGCACAAAAGCCACUUAGGGAUGAAGAAAAUCCUAAUCUGGUGGCUUAUUUUAACACGAAAUCCCAGACAGUCGUAAUGCUUCUGGAAACCGAGGCAUUCCCGGAAAAGAUGACUACCCAAGUGGAAAUGGAGAGUAUCGAGACUUCUAUGAUGAAGACCCAGGAGACCAUAGGCCUAGGUAGUGGUGACUCUCUUGCAAACCCCGAUGUCAUGGCCACAACUCAGGAUGAAUUUGACGAUGAAGAUGACAGGGUAGCUAAAAAUGCUGCUAAAUGGCACGAUGAUAAUGCUAUCAGACACCUCAUUUACCUACGAAAAGUAAAGCUAAAAUCCCUAUUUGAUAGCACUGCCCUUUCAAACCAACGUAAGUGGCAAAAGUUAGCAACUGAGCUUGCAGCUGCAAAAUUAGGCAACAAGUUCUGGACGUUUACUUGGAAACAGUGUGAGGGCAAAUUCAAAGACCUGGUAAAGAAAUAUAAUAAAACAAAAGAUAACCAGAAAGAUACUAGUAGUGGAGCUGUUUCAAUAAGGUUCAAGUUUUAUGACGACAUGGAAGAAGUUAGUAGGAACAGUGUCUCAGUGAAACCUUUAUCCACAGCCAGCAAUUUAACAGCAGGUGAUGACAAGAUAUUAAAUAAUCAUGGUGAUGCUGAAUCAUCAUUCUCAUCCCAAGAUGAGAGCAGCAACGCAACAGAGAGGAAAGAAAAAAAAUCAAAACUUGAGAAUAAAGUUGAUUCUCUGUUAGCUUCUAUUAAGCAGAAAGACGAUGAGAAGGAGAGGAAUCAGGAGCGCCGUCACAAAGAAGUGCUCACUAUGCAACAGACUGCAAUUGACACGUACCAGCAGGUGAUGAAUCGUUUGAUUGACAAACUGUAAUCCAUUAUUGUUUUUAAGUUUGCUUUUUAAACUAAGCAACAACUCUAGUUUUUAAAUUAUUUACUGUAUCCUAUACCUAACAUUAAGUUGACUUGCGUUGAAGUCAGGUGUUAAUUAUUGCCUUGAAAGGUUGAAAGUAGUAGUAAAAGUUUCGAGAUUAUUUUUAAGUUUGUAUUAAUGUGAUAUUUUUAGUUUAUUUAAGGGAACC